GAAUGCUUCUAUAACAACAAUGAUGAUGACGUCAGUCGCUUGGCUGAGAUAAGGACCUCUAGUGGAUUGUGCGAAUGGCUGAGGGCGUCCCACCGACGCUAAGGGAUCGUGCCUGCUGAGGACUACGCUAAAUCGGGAGACCGUCUAUGCUUCUGCUGGAGCGGGGCAGACACGUAGUCCUGAGACUUUUGGCAGACCGCCACACCACAGCAGGAACCUAGGUGACGCUCAUGGACAAGAACAGUGCCACUAUGAGGACCAACAUAAUGGGUGUUCACAACGCCACUGGACUUUCUAAUACUGAAUCGCUGAGCCCGCCAGUCCGUGGUGACAUGUUCGGUUAUGCUGACCAAGAUUCACCCAUAGAUCAUCACUAUAACGCCAUCAAUAAGAAACGAGCAACUAUACAUGGCUCUCUCAACAACAGUCCGCUGAUAUCUAGGCACAGGGAGAGGGAGUAUCAAAUAUCAGCCACCCAUUCCAACAGCUCCUCCGACACCAAGAUGGGAAAGAAUUUGCUCGCCUUUGCAUACAGAAUGGCAAACCCGGACGCGGAUGAUGUGCAAGACAAGGUGUCGAGCCUCACGCCGUCGCCCGAGAAGAGAAGAAGACUCGACAUCGUGGGAUCCAGUGGCAAGACAGAACCACAAGACAGCAUCAAAGGAUCUUUGAGAAAAGCCGGGAAAACGGCCCUCAAGAAAGUCGUGAACGCUGGAUCAAAAAAGCAGAAAGGUAUCACGGGUGAGAACUCAGAUACUCAGGGAAGUUACAAUAAUAAAGCUAAGGAAGUGUCUGUAUACAAACUUCCCGGAGACAAGAGCAAAAGUGCCCCCCAUUUAAAUAACCGAUUGAAAAUGUCCUCUGCUAUCACAACUGAAAAAGAAAAAAUGUAUAAUAAAACUACAGGCACUGCAUUUACAGAAGGAUCCUUCGAUCAGUCACAACUCGAUCACGAAAGCACCUACACCAAUGGAUUUGAUCAGUCCAAGAACAUGGUUUUGCCGGCUGCGUCUGUCAUGUCUACCUCUUGCAGCAUCUGUGGCAGGAAAGCUCAAAGUGGUGUCGGUGGUAUCUGUAAAGGGUGCUGGGCUCAGUUUCAGGAGAAGGGAGUUCGGAUCGGGAACUUGGAAGAAUUCAAGCAGUUUACGAAAACUGUGAAGGAUCAGGUGUCUAGAAUUGUAGCAGUAGAACCCAGUGGCGCAGUAGGAAAAGACUACUAUAGUCAAGCCGGGAAUCAACCGUUGUUAGAUUCUGUGAGAAGGCUGGUACCCAAGAUAUUUGAGAACAAUGAAGAAAAUUGCAGCCAACAGCCUCCAUCCGAAGCAGGGCAAAACAAGCAAGAGAUGAAAACUUUGGGUUACUAUACUGAAAAAUCUCAAAAUUUGGAGAACAGCGCACCUGAAAAUCCACUCGAUAAAGUCAGCGUAAGUUCUGAAGAAAAACAAGACGAAGGCGCCCAGGCCCCGGCUGUAAACAGUCAGUACUGGAAUGAAAAUCCAGUCGAACCGACUACAGCAGAAGACAUUGCAGCUGUAACCAACACGUCUUCAGUCAAAUUCGGAGCCUUCAACGAUGACGAUGCUUCACCUCCCAAUGUUCCAGAAGAGGAGGAAGAUUUGUUCAGUGGGGGUCCGUGUGAAGGCGGAGUGUGUAUUAUGCCUAGUCGGAAAAAGGAGGAGAGUUCUGAGGACAAAAAAGUGACAACAUCUCCUACGGAAAACAGCACCGAGGCUAGCGAUCUUUGGAAAAUUGAUAUGGAUGACCGUAGCAGUGACAAGCCAACAAUGUUUUCUAAAAGCAAAACAUUUGCCUAUCCAGACAAAUCCAAUGCGGUAGACAAUAAAGAAAGAGGAAGAGACAUAAUUGAAAAAGAUGAAGCAAAACAAGCCAGUAACGUUGACCUCAAAGGUGGCUCAGUGAAAACACCAGCCCGCACCGAGCAGGACACUGCCAAGAUGAAAGUGACGAGAGCAAAAACUGAGUGGAGCAUGAAGAGACUGUGGAACAAAAACAAGGAAAGCGUUCAAGAGGAAAACUUCAAAGGGGUUGAAGGUACGAGACAAGAACAGCGCAAAGCUGUCAAGCAAGUUGAGCAUAAUACCCAGAAGCCGAAAAAUAUCAGCGAAGUGGAGCCAAACAAGGAGAACUCAAAAUUGUCGAGAAAAGCUAUGUCUCGAAUAACUAUUUCCUCUCAAAAACUUGCGAAAGAAAGGGCCCUGCAGAGAGAGAAAAACAUGAGAGGGGAAAAUCUUGAUAAUUCAAAAGUGCGCUAUCAGCCAAUGACUAUCAAGGAAAGCAAAGAUCUGGCUCUCAACAAAGAAAAGAUGGAAGAGAAGAAAAAAAUGGGCAUCUUUCGCUCCAACACCAGUUUGAGAACCAAGUCUUUUAGAAAAGAAAGCUCGAAAAGUAAGGAUGGGCUUAACAGUCGGGGAAAGACGAAUUCUCUUCUUAGCCGACGCAAAAACGACUCGAAACAGACUUUUCGGAAUUCCCUGUCCAACAAGGGCACUGUGUCAUCAAAGGGCAACACCUUAACAAGAAUGCAAGGGAUGAAGAUGAACGGAUCUUCAUCAGAGGAAGAAGACGAAGAAGAUGAUAUCUCGGAAAAACCCGAGGUGCCGUUGUAUGCCCCUACAGUUAUGGUUCCCGGACAAAAGGGCGGUUUGAAGGGUUCGGUUGGAGCGCAAUCUGGGACGUGGUCAUCUACAAAUAUCGUGAAAGCAGCACCGGCAGCGAUAACAGCAGACGAUCCCAUAACCGAGAGGCUGCAGAAAUAUGGUCUUGUUGGGGAUGACGGGAAAAGUUUCCUCAACAAAUACAAGUACGGAGAGCAAGAGCCUGAACAAAAGACACAACAAGAAACAAGUGACGAAGUUGAUAAAUCGAAAGAAAGCGCUUAUUUUGAGCAGCCAGCUUUCACGGGCGCUGUGGAGUUGGCAUUGACAAGUCUUGUUAAUGAUACACAUUAUCUACCGCCGUCCGUGCUAAGGCAGAGUGAUGCUAAUACAUUGGAUCAGUAUUUUGAAGGCAUUCAACCCGAGUCAGAAAAUUGGAAGGAGCCAGUACAAAACUCAGUAACGAACUUUUUCGGGGAGAAUGAGAGUUCUAUUUACCAUGGCGAACCGAAGCCCAUUGCGGGUUUCAAGGAAACUGGCAUUGAUAGCACUGAGUAUAUAUACACCCUAAAUCAAGUUAAUGGAACAAAAGAGAAUAAAUCCCUCGCCAGCCAACUGUUCCAAGGCAUGACGGAGAGAAGCCAGCCCGAUACCACUGUCGCUUCUGCGCUGUCUCGAGACCUCGCCCUGGGCUCGGGAGAAAGUCCCACAACAAUCCGGAGACAUUUGAUGUACUGUGAGAACGACGGAGAGUCGGGUGGUCUCUAUCAUAUUGCAAAACGCUUUACUGCAACAACCAAGUUCCAGCCUUUCUAUGAAAUGCCUGUGAACACGUACAAAGGUUUGACGAUGAGCGGAGACUUGAGCAGCAGGUCCAAUAUUAAAAGUGAAGUCCUAGACGAUCUGUCUUACACCGGGGCUUUGUUCAAUAGUCGGGAGUCCUCAAUUGACAGAACUAAUGAUAGCGAGAUUCUGAGUAAAGUCAGCAGCUCUCUCGGAUCCAGUCGCCUGUAUUUUGAAAGUGAAAGCGGAAGUGUCUCCACUUCAGAGAACACAGAUAGCAGUGACGUGUACACUGGGGAGAUUUUCCAUUUGUCAGGAAGUAGCUUCGGGACGACAGAGAGUGACGUCAUGAAGACCUCCGUGUCUGAUAUAACCGAGACCACGUCGGAAGAACUGGACAACGCUGUGCAAGCAGUCACAAGUGGAGCCGUCACUGAGGCUAUCAAAGAUGGAAGUACAAAUAACUCCACCAAACAAAACCGCCUGUACCGAAGACACAAGGCCAAGCCACCCAUAGAUUUGAUCAUAGAAAGAAGCUUAGACUCGGCGGGAGAGUUCUUCAGUAAAGCACUGGUCAGUUUUGCCAGACACCCAUUCAACUUCUCCAACAAUAGCAGUAAUUGGCUGGAUGACACCCACGGCGCUUUCGCUAUUUGUGAUGACAAUUUCAGUCAAGACCAGAUGACCUUUGCAGACGAAUUAUGCACCGACUGUGAAGGAUACACAGAUUAUCAACCAGGGGAAGCACCAAAAGCAUGGACACCUGUGGUAAAGGUUGAAGAGUCACCAAAAAUGAUUGAUUUUUCAAAAUACGAUCAAGAAGAGGUAGUGAAAGUUCCUAAAGAAACCCCAGUCUCCACAGAUCCGUGGUAUGCUGGUACAGAGAACGAUUUCCACGGUCCAGUGAAUGUCACAUGGGAUGGACGAGAGUGGCCUUCACACACGUCUUCAACUGGGAAUCCCAACGCUUCCACAAGCUACCACAAUGACAAUGAUUACACUGGCUCUAGCUCCAUUUGUCCUCAACCCAGAAAUUACAACGCCAACUCCUCAAAGUAUCAGGACGCAAACAAUAACUAUCCAAACUACGUGUUUUAUGACGAGGGCGAGAAAAACUCGAAGGAACCCCCACCCCCACCACCAAGAGGCAACGACGCUGACUAUGCCCCCAGUCUGUACGCCCGUUGUCCUGGUGGUGAGGCCUCAAAAUCGAGAGCGUCCUCUGAAGAGAAACAACGAAAACCUGUCGCACAGACCAUGAGCUACUACUUUGAUCUGGAGUCGAAUUCUGAUGAUACGGACAUGCCUGAGUACGCUGGGAUGGAAACAACUAAAAAAGAAGAAAAGAAAGUCGACAAGGCGCCGAGAGCGCCACUGUUCACCAAGGUCGGAUCUAUCACAGUUCGCAACAACGUGGAGAACGAUUUUGACUACGCCGAGAACGUGAACCGUGACCUGGCCGACGACUCUGGUGCAUGGGGCGCCACUGGUUUUGCCGAUACCGCUAUACAUGGGCACGCAGCGGACGGAAUGCCUCACGCCUUUCCGCAGGAGACAUCCCACAGUCUGCACUGCGACAUGGGGAGCUCGAAGCUCUUCAAAGAAGUCCGCCAAGCCACGUCACACAGGAGCGCUUCUGCCACCCGGAGAACCCCCGGACAGCACGAUGAUCUACAGGACGGCUUUGGACGGAGACCAGAAAUCCUUCAGAAGUGGCAGGACACACGGUCAUUGGUCAAGCAGGGUUCGAGCACCGUUUCAAGUGAUCAAAAGUCGACCCACGCAAAUAUGACAUCCAACAAAGGGGGCCCCAGGGAACUCAGACAUGAGAAUAUCGCCAACACCUCUACCCCGGGCGAUCCUAUUACUACAGGAGGUCGCAGUGAAAACGGCACACUUUGGAACACAGUGACCUGGCUACCUAGAAAAGUAGGCAGCGUUUUCAGGGGCAUAUUCUAAAAUAUCUGCUCUUCUGAAAUGAUAAUAAUCUACAACUUCAUGGACAUGCGAAUAGCUUUUAAGCUAAACCCGAGUGCGCGACUCUUGAUCUGAUACGAAAGAAGGACGUUGGACAUUGGAGAGAAACAACAACAUUUAUUGCUACUCACGAAGAACAACAGAAGAUCAAGAUGCAUGCACGAGCCCUGGGUGCGAACAGAGUCCACCUCGAUUCAAGUAUCCAAGUCUCAUCGAAACCCAUAACUGAACAAGAAGACACUCUUAGCAUUCAGCAAAAGAUGGAACAAGAAAUGUAAUUCUGUGACGCAAGUCGAAACGGGCGCAGAAGAGGAAAUCAAGCGUUUAGAAAAAAACACACCGAUUGUCUAAUUUGAUAGAUCAAAUCAAGUAGUAACAAACAUGUAUGUCCAUAUAGACUAA